ACAGUGUUUCCGUGUUCUAUAGAUGCCAAAUGUUUUACACAGAACACAAAGCCUAUUAAACCACACACAGGUAAGGCAGGUGGAAGGCCACUGAUAUGUUCAGAGUGUGGAAAAUGUUUUACAAAGAAAUCAUAUCUUGUUAUACAUCACAGAAUUCACACAGGUGAGAAGCCAUUUCCAUGUUCUGAGUGUGGGAAAUGUUUUACACAGAAAUCACAUCUUGUUAGACAUGAGAGAAGACACACAGGUGAGAAGCCAUUUUCCUGUUCCGAGUGUGGGAAAUGUUUUGCACAGAAAUCAGCUCUUGUUAGACAUGAGAGAGAGCACACAGGUGAGAAGCCAUUUCCAUGUUCUGAGUGUGGGAAAUAUUGUGUAAGUAAAUCACAACUUGUUACACAUCUGCGCAGUCACACAGGUGAGAAACCUUUUCCAUGUUCUGAGUGUGGGAAAUGUUUUGCAUGUAAAUCACAUCUUGUUAUACAUCACAGAAGUCACACAGGUGAGAAGCCAUUUCCAUGUUCUGAGUGUGGGAAAUGUUGUGUAAGUAAAUCACAACUUGUUACACAUCUGCGCAGUCACACAGGUGAGAAACCUUUUCCGUGUUCUGAGUGUGGGAAAUGUUUUGCAUGUAAAUCAGAUCUUGUUAUACAUCACAGAAGUCACAUAGGUGAGAAGCCAUUUUCUUGCUCUGAGUGCGGGAAAAGUUUUACCUGGAAAUCCAAUCUUGUUAGACAUGAGAGAGAGCACACAGGUGAGAAGCCAUUUCCAUGUUCUGAGUGUGGGAAAUGUUGUGUAAGUAAAUCACAACUUGUUACACAUCUGCGCAGUCAAUAA